UUUCUCUCAUAGCAUUUACAACGAUAGCUUUCCUGACUGUAAUGGAGUUCACGGUGUAUCGGGACACAUGGAUGAAAUAUGAAUAUGAAGUAGACAAGGAUUUUACUAGUUCCAGCCUCCAAGAUUGGCUGAAGGUACAUUUGUGGUUGGUUUCAUGUGCUUGUCUGGACUGCAUUUGCCCUUCUUCCUGAGGUGACCAGGCACCCAUGAGUCCAUGUGAAGUUGAUGGAGAUUUUUGUGCACAGAACAUCUUUAAAUAUCACAUGUCUGGAACUGGAACAACUUUAAAAGCUGUUUGACUAGUUGCUGUGGUAACAAGCUAAAGAUACGUCUAUUAAUUAGAUGUCUUGUACGUCGGAAAUACCAAAGAUUUCUGUAAUGAAAAAAUAAAUACCAGAAAUUUAAGCGAGAUGCAUCAAAACCCCAGGUUAAGCAGCUUCUCAGCCCAAUCCUGAGUAUCACUGUCCCAAGGAAUUCUGAUGAGGAUUGGAAAUACUGUGGCCUGUCUUAAGGACAAAACAGGAGGAAGUAAGUUAAGAAUCAAUAUUGAUAUUACAGUUGCCAUGAGGUGUCAAUAUGUGGGGGCUGAUGUUCUGGAUUUAGCAGAAACAAUGGUUGCCUCUGCAGAUGGGCUAAUCUAUGAACCAGUAGUGUUUGAUCUCAGCCCACAACAAAAAGAAUGGCAAAGGAUGCUGCAGGUAAUUCAGAGUAGGCUGCAGGAAGAACACUCUCUUCAAGAUGUGAUAUUCAAAAGUGCUUUUAAAAGUGCUUCUACAGCACUGCCGCCACGGGAAGAUAAUUCAUUACAGUCUCCAGACGCGUGCAGAAUUCAUGGUCAUCUCUAUGUCAAUAAAGUGGCAGGGAACUUUCACAUAACUGUGGGCAAGGCAAUACCACACCCUCGAGGCCAUGCACACUUGGCAGCCCUUGUAAGCCACGAGUCCUAUAACUUCUCUCAUAGAAUAGAUCAUUUGUCAUUUGGAGAGCUUAUUCCAGGGAUUAUUAAUCCUUUGGAUGGAACAGAAAAAAUAGCAUCAGAUCACAACCAGAUGUUCCAAUAUUUUAUCACAAUUGUGCCAACCAAACUCCAUACAUACAAAAUUUCAGCAGAAACUCACCAGUUUUCGGUGACAGAAAGGGAAAGAGUAAUUAACCAUGCAGCUGGCAGCCAUGGGGUGUCAGGCAUAUUCAUGAAAUAUGAUAUCAGUUCACUUAUGGUGACGGUGACAGAAGAGCACAUGCCUUUUUGGCAGUUCUUAGUGAGGCUCUGUGGCAUAAUUGGGGGAAUAUUUUCAACUACAGGAAUUUUACAUGGCUUUGGAAGAUUUGUGGCAGAAGUUAUUUUUUGCCGUUUCAGACUGGGCUCUUACGGAUCCACAUCGGUCCCACUUCCUGAUGGCCACACAAGCAACCACUUACCUCGAACUACGGACAAUAGUACGCAUUAGCCUCCUGAGAAAACCUUCUUUCUUCCUGCCUGACACAGAAGACAUUUUUUUAUAAUAAAGAAAACAUUGUGCAAUA